AUGUAUUCUCAUCCCGACUUCACCGCCAAUAAAAUGCUUCAGGAGUUUGAUUUUGGUGGAAUUGGAUGUUGGCAUGAGCGAAUGUACAAUCGACAGCACUUCCGACGACACUGGAAAAUGAAUUUGGAUACUUAUAGGAAGGUGCCGCAUGUGAAGUACCAUAAUAUGGUGCAGAAUGGGACGCUGGACCCGGAUAAUUUUAAUUGCACUGUUUUCAAAGAGUGA